GGUUAAAGUUGAACAUUUUUGUUUCCUGUAACAUGCUAUACGUGUUUUAAGCUGUGAUCGACUUAAAAAAAUUGAUAGCCUACAAACUGUCCAGUCUAAAUCAUGGUACUACUGGAAAACGACUCGUUUUUGACAGAACUUACACGGCUGUUUCAGAGGUGUAGAACCACUGGAAGUGUUUACAUCACACUAAAGAAAUAUGAUGGUAGAAUAAAACCUGUUCCCCGAAAAGAAAACGCUGAGACCUUUGAUCCCGUGGACAACAAGUGCCUCCUCAGAGCAACAGAUGGAAAGAAGAAGAUUAGCACAGUUGUUAGCUCCAAAGAAGUAAUAAAAUUCCAGAUGGCUUACUCAAACCUGUUAAGAGCUCACAUGGACGGACUGAAGAAGAAAGACAAAAAGAGCAAAACCAAGAAGUCGAAGGCGACCCAGUGAUGAGGCGGACUGUUAUCUUGCUAAUUUCUGAACAGUUCUUCAACACUGACCCCCCUCUUAACCCCCUGGACAAUCCGCCUGAGAUAUGAGAAGGGUCCAUAGCAACAAUAGCUCUAAACACCUUGGUGGAGAUAUGCUGGUGUUUUGACACGGCUUAAACCUUGGAAUUGCUUGGUAAACCAUCCGCUCAGUUUUACAUUUGUUUGAUAUUAGUAAUCAUUUUUUAAUUCGUGCAUCAUAUUUUGAGUGUUUAGAUGUGCUUGGGGUCGCACUUUUUUCGUUUUUUGGUUUAUAAAACUGUAUUUUACAAACUUGAAAAGGAGGGAAACUGCUCAAUACUAGUGUUGCUAUUGAUUCUGAACUUGUCAGAGCAAAAUCUACAUCAGGAUACAGUUUGGGCGUAAAGCUGUGUUAUUGUAUGUUACAGUAGACCGCAAGUCUCUAUUUGAAUAAAAAAAGGCUGAAUUUUAAUUUAAACAUGACUGGCAAAAUAAACUUUAACGGAAAAUACUAAAAGUUUAAAAGCUGCAUACAAAUCUUACUUAUUUUUUAUUCAUACACAGCACCUUGUCCAUUCUGUAUUAAUCCUCGUAAUUAAUACCUACAAUACCAUGGCUUCUAGAAAUAUAUCUUUAAAGCUGGAGAUUACUGUACGUCACAAAUAUAGGGGGAUUUACAAAAUGAGUUGGUUACUUUAUAAUUCAGUUGUCAGAAAAGCAGAGGAAUGACAUUUGGAGGAUGGCUGCACCAAAUGACCAUUUGGAAGGGUUAAAUAACAUUUGCUAUAACAUUAAGAAUGGUAUAGUGCAACGUUCCCCUUUGGAGACAGUUAUUGAAGAACAGCAUGCUUCAAUUUGGUUAAUUGUGGAUUUCCUUUGCAUCUUUACAAACUGUACAACAGUCUUUAUUAAAAACUUACUAAGAAUUGGGAAGCGGCGUGUCAUAGCUGCUUUAAGGAAAGGCUUUUAAUUUUGUUAGAUUCUUUUGAAAGGAAAAAAGUACUUUUCAGUUGUCUUAAAUGCGUAGGUGGCACCUAACUGGUUAUAAAGGUGUUACAAAAAUGCCAUUCUCAACACUAACUUUUUUCACUUGUUUUGGAAUCUCAAAAUAAACCUUUUAGUUGACAAUUAA